AUGGUUUAUGAGAGAAAUAAGGGAAAGCUGAUAUCAAAUGUCCGCAUCAAACGAAUUACUGCUGCACAAGAAUUUAUCAACGUGGACGAAGAUGAUGAUGAUGAGGAACUGGAUGAUGAUGAGGACCUGGAUGCUGGCUCCGAGGUACAACUCAACGCAAUGCUUGGUGAUCUAUUAGACGUCAAUACUGAGCUCCCACCUUCGACUGAUUUGGGGCCAGGUGAUCAGAUCCACUCGAAUAUCAGUACACAAGCAGAAAGAGAAACACAAUCAUCAUCAAAUCGAACAAACACAGAUACUCAGACACCACAACAAGCCAACACAACCGCGCAAAAGAAAACAGGUAAAGGGAUUGACGACGAUGGUAAGAUGCUUAUCGAGUAUCGCACUGAUCUGAUAGACGAAUUGUGCAAGAAAGGUUUGUCGUAUCCGACGGAAGAGACUAUGUAUAUGGCUGGUGUACUUUUUGAUGUUGUCGAUCGUAUUAUCAAUGACAAAAAGGCUAUGCACUACUUAAAUGAAAGUGCAUGUGCGAGUAGGGUUGCAUUGCAUGCGAUAAAGCAUAUGAUGCAGAAGAAUGACAGCAACAGCAAUUAUCCUUAGUAUGGUAAAAAAAAACAAGAAACAAGGGUGUACGGUCAUACUUUCACAACAAAACACGCCAUCUCCAUCGAUGGCGUCGUCAAGACAUUACCUUCAACCGGAGAACAGUUGUAAGCGGACCACUACGGA